AUGGAGCUGGCGGCGUCCAUUGGGAGAUUUCUGUUGGUAGUGGCAGCCCUGAAUUUGGCAGGUGGUCACACUAUAAUCAUUAAUGACUUGGAAACCAAGUCUUCAACUAAGGAUGCUAUACUAUCAGAGAAUGUUAUUGAAAAAGACUUGUCACAGAAGAUCAUUGUAAAGAAACUGACAGAGAAUAACCCGUGGAGCUCCAGAAUGGGAAGGUUUGGGAAAUGGAAUAACAGCAUAUUAGGACUCCAAAAUAUUCAGAAGAGUCAUCUGAGCCAGAGAUUCACAGCAGAGAAAACUGUUGCUACUCAAAGGGGCUUUAGACUUGGAUCUGCUCCUUUUCCAGAACCAGAAAUUGUCGCAGAAGAACUGCGCAGAAAAUGCCAAAUACAUGAGGAAAAUUUCACAGAGAAUUUAGAUUUGAUUACAGAUACCCAUUUGGGGAAGAUGAUUUGCAAGGAUACAGAAGACCAAAAAAACAUAAGGCAGACUUCAGAAUUCAUUUUGACAAAGAAAUCCAGUACUGAAGAAAAGCCCUGUCAAUGUAACAGGUGUGAGAAGGCCUUCUGUUAUAAGUCACUGCUCACUCAGCAUCAGAGAACUCACACUAAAGAAAAUCCUUGGGAACGCAAUGAAUGUGGGGAAAUGUUUGGCCAGCUCUCAUAUCUCAGUCAGCAUAAAAAAGUCCACACUGGGGAAAAGCCCUAUAAAUGUAGUGAGUGCGGAAAAACCUUCAUUGCUUCUUCGUCACUGACGGUACAUCAGAGGGCUCACACUAGGGAGAAACCUUACCGGUGUAAUGUCUGUGGAAAAUCCUUUAGCCAGUGUGCCCGCCUUAAUCAGCAUCAAAGAGUCCAAACUGGAGAGAAAGCCUGUAAGUGCAUCCAGUGUGGGAAAGCAUUUUGCGAUAUAUCCAAACUUGCACGACACCAGCAAACGCACAACCAUGAGACCUACCAAUGUGGUGACUGUUGGAAAGUCUUCAGAAGUAAAUACUAUCUUAGUGUCCACCAGAAGCUCCACACUGAGGAGAAGCCAUACAAGUGCAGUGAGUGUGGAAAAUCUUUCAAGAAUACCACAGUUUUUAAUGUCCCUCAAAGAGUCCACACCGGAGAGAAACCCUUUCCAUGUAACGAAUGUGGGCAGGCCUAUAGGAGCAAUUCAGGCCUCGUGCACAGCCGGAUAGCAAAUCUCCCAGAGCAUCCGAGAAUCCAUACAGGGGAGAAGCCCUAUAAGUGUCAUGAGUGUGGAAAAGCAUUUAUUAACUCUUUGUGCCUCGCUGUCCACCACAGGAUGCAUGCAGGAGAGAAACCCCAUGAGUGCAGCGAGUGUGAAAAGGCCUUCACACGGUCUUCAUCGCUCCUUAUACACCAGCCUGUUCACACUGACGAGAAACCUUACCUGUGUAAGGAGUGCGGGGAGUCUUUCGGGGUACAGUCGCACCUAACCGUGCAUCAGAGGGUUCAUUCUGGGGAGAAGCCGAGCAAAUGCACUCACUGUGAGAGAGCGUUCUCCAAAAUGACAGCUCUCAGGGAGCAUCAGAAAAUUGAGCCCGGAGUGAAGCCCUGUAAGUGUUCCGACUGUGGGAAGUCCUUCCGGACCAAGUCCUACCUCAUCCUGCAUCAGAGAAGGCACACUGGGGUAAGGCUCUACAGAUGUGAGGGAUGUGGAAAGGCCUUUAGAACUAGCUCCCACCUGACCGCGCACCUGAGACUGCACACCGGAGAAACGCUCUGCAAGUGUGCUGACUGUGGGAAAGCCUUCAGGAGCAGCUCAAGCCUCGCCGUGCACCAGAAACGACAUCAGAGAGGAACUCAGCCGAUAUAG